AUGGCCCUGCGGGUAAGGGCAGGUGCCCGGGCAGCCAUUGUCUUCAUCAAGGAGCCGUCCUCCCAGGAUGCACUGCAAGGGCGCCGGGCACUCCUCCGUUGUGAAGUUGAGUCCCCUGGCCCAGUGCAGGUGUACUGGCUGCUCAACGGAGUGCCUGUCCAGGACACCGAGCGGCGUUUUGCCCAGGGCAGCAGCCUGGGCUUUGCUGCAGUGGACCGGCUUCAGGAUUCCGGUGCCUUCCAGUGUGUGGCUCGGGAUAAUAUCACUGGAGAGGAAGCCCGCAGUGCCAAUGCCUCCUUCAACAUCAAAUGGAUCGAGGCAGGUCCUGUGGUCCUGAAGCAUCCAGCCUCAGAAGCUGAGAUCCAGCCGCAGACCCAGGUCACACUUCGUUGCCACAUUGACGGGCACCCUCGGCCUACCUACCAGUGGUUCCGUGAUGGGACCCCCAUCUCUGAUGAUCAGAGCACCCACACAGUCAGCAGCAAGGAGAGGAACCUGACUCUACGGCCAGCCAGUCCGGAACAUAGCGGCCUCUACUCCUGCUGUGCCCACAAUGCCUUUGGGCAGGCCUGCAGCAGCCAGAACUUUACCUUGAGCAUUGCGGAUGAAAGCUUUGCCAGGGUGGUGCUGGCUCCGCAGGACAUUGUCGUCGCAAGGAACGAGGAGGCCAUGUUCCACUGCCAGUUCUCAGCCCAGCCACCCCCGAGCCUGCAGUGGGUCUUUGAAGACGAAACUCCCAUCACUAACCGUAGCCGUCCCCCUCACCUCCGCAGAGCUGUGGUGUUUGCCAACGGCUCCCUGCUGCUGACCCAGGUCCGGCCACGGAACGCAGGAGUCUACCGUUGCAUUGGCCAGGGACAGAGGGGCCCGCCGGUUGUCCUGGAAGCCACGCUUCACCUGGCAGAGAUUGAAGACAUGCCACCGCUCGAGCCGCGGGUGUUGCUAGCGGGCGGUGAGGAGCGUGUUGCCUGCCCAGCCCCCCAGGGUCUGCCUGUACCCAGUGUGUGGUGGGAACAUGCCGGAGUCCGUCUUCCGGCCCACGGUAGGGUCUACCAGAAGGGUCUUGAGCUCGUGUUCACCACUAUUUCUGAGAGUGAUGCUGGCGUCUACACCUGCCAUGCAGCCAACCCAGCUGGUCAGCGGCGACAGGAUGUCAACAUCACCGUGGCCACUGUACCCACUUGGCUAAAGAAGCCCCAAGACAGCCAGCUGGAAGAGGGCAAGCCCGGCUAUUUACACUGUCUGACACAGGCCACACCCAAGCCCACCGUCAUCUGGUACAGGAACCAAAUGCUUAUCUCGGAGGACUCACGGUUCGAAGUCUCUAAGAAUGGGACCUUGCGCAUCAAUAGCGUGGAGGUGUAUGACGGCACGUUGUACCGUUGUGUGAGUAGCACCCCAGCUGGCAGCAUCGAGGCCCAGGCCCGCGUCCAGGUGUUGGAAAAACUCAAGUUCACGCCACCGCCGCAGCCACAGCAGUGCAUGGAGUUUGAUAAGGAAGCCACGGUGCCCUGCUCGGCCACUGGCCGAGAGAAGCCCACAGUUAAGUGGGUACGGGCAGAUGGAAGCAGCCUCCCCGAAUGGGUGACAGACAAUGCUGGGACCCUACACUUUGCCCGAGUGACCCGAAACGAUGCUGGCAACUACACCUGCAUCGCGUCCAAUGAGCCACAGGGCCAGAUCCGUGCCCACGUCCAGCUCACAGUGGCAGUUUUUAUCACCUUCAAGGUGGAACCAGAGCGCACAACUGUGUACCAGGGCCACACAGCAUUGCUGCGGUGUGAGGCCCAGGGGGACCCCAAACCUCUUAUUCAGUGGAAAGGCAAAGACCGUAUUCUGGACCCCACGAAGCUGGGCCCCAGGAUGCAGAUCUUCCAGAACGGCUCCUUGGUGAUCCAUGAUGUGGCCCCUGAGGACUCAGGCCCCUACACCUGCAUCGCCGGCAACAGUUGUAACAUCAGGCACACAGAGGCCCCGCUCUUGGUCGUGGACAAGCCAGCGAUGGAAGACUCAGAGGGCCUAGGCAGCCCUCCCCCAUACAAGAUGAUCCAGACCAUCGGGCUGUCGGUGGGCGCAGCUGUAGCCUAUAUCAUUGCUGUACUGGGCCUUAUGUUCUACUGCAAGAAGCGCUGUAAAGCCAAGAGGCUGCAGAAACAGCCUGAAGGCGAGGAGCCUGAGAUGGAGUGUCUCAAUGGUGGGCCUUUGCAGAAUGGACAGCCAUCGGCAGAGAUCCAGGAAGAAGUGGCUUUGACCAGCCUGGGCUCCGGCCCCACGGCCACCAACAAGCGCCACAGCACGGGUGAUAAAAUGCAUUUCCCUCGGGCCAGCCUGCAGCCCAUCACCACGCUGGGGAAAAGUGAGUUUGGGGAGGUGUUCCUCGCAAAGGCCCAGGGCUUAGAGGAAGGUGUGGCGGAGACGCUGGUGCUUGUGAAAAGCCUGCAGAGCAAGGACGAGCAGCAACAGCUGGACUUCCGGCGGGAGUUCGAGAUGUUCGGGAAGCUGAACCAUGCCAACGUGGUGCGGCUUUUGGGGCUGUGCCGGGAGGCCGAGCCCCACUACAUGGUACUGGAAUAUGUGGACCUGGGGGAUCUCAAACAGUUCUUGAGGAUUUCUAAGAACAAGGAUGAGAAAUUGAAGUCCCAGCCCCUCAGCACCAAGCAGAAGGUGGCCCUGUGUACCCAGGUGGCCCUGGGCAUGGAGCACUUGUCCAACAACCGUUUUGUGCACAAGGACUUAGCUGCUCGAAACUGCCUGGUCAGUGCCCAGAGGCAGGUGAAGGUGUCAGCACUGGGCCUCAGCAAGGAUGUAUACAACAGUGAAUACUACCACUUCCGCCAGGCCUGGGUACCUUUGCGUUGGAUGUCCCCAGAGGCUGUCCUGGAGGGUGACUUCUCCACCAAGUCUGAUGUCUGGGCUUUCGGUGUGCUGAUGUGGGAGGUGUUCACUCAUGGAGAGAUGCCCCAUGGUGGACAGGCCGAUGACGAAGUGCUGGCAGACUUGCAGGCUGGAAAGGCUCGACUGCCACAGCCCGAAGGCUGCCCCUCUAAGCUCUACCGGCUGAUGCAGCGUUGUUGGGCCCUGAACCCUAAGGACCGGCCCUCCUUCAGUGAGAUUGCCAACACCCUGGGAGACAGCCCUGCAGACAGCAAGCAGUGAGGGAGCCUCAUAGGCUGUGCCUCAGGAUGCCGUGCCAGGGAGGAACACCUGUGAGGGGAGCCUGCCAGCCAGAUGGGCAAGAUAACCCUGUCCUCCUUGGCCCUGGGGCUCCUGCCCAAGCACAGCAGGCAUUGCUGAGGGCUGGCGAUGCCUAGGUGUUUCUCUUUGCCUCAGCCAUUGGGGAGGCUGAUUCAAACCCAGACUGGGUGACUUAAAACCUUGGGCUGGGCAUCUUGCUUUGCCACUCCUUCCCUUACCAGGGACAGUAUGGGGACCUCAGGUAACCCCGAUUUCUGGCCUGAGACUUCUUUUGGCCAGGUCUAGCUCUGCCACUCGUCUGCCAGUGUUGCCUGGGGAGGGCUGGGCUGGAGCCGCGCUAGGUUUGGGGGACUUCUUUAAUACACAGAUAUACUCAAGUUCCAGGAUAAAUCUGGGCACACAGGACCAACAGGACUCUUGACCCAUGGGUCCCACCUGGAGGGGGCGGGCUAGCAUGCUGUAGGAGACACAGCGGUUAAGUCCUCCUCACUGCGGGCUUGUGCACACUAACCCAGACCCGUGCCCCCAGUCUCCUUUCCUCACCCUAAGUGCCUGGCAGAUGAAGUGUUCAGGAGCUUUUGACACUUAUAUAACCCGCCCUUUUUGUAUGCACCGUGGGCGGCUUUUGUAUGUAAUUUCUGCGUGGGGUGGG